AUGGGAUCAUUAGCAACACAUUUCUUUGCAUUUCUCUUCUUCGUCCCAGUUGGAAUUCGUCGCCUCCUCUGCUCAUUCUCUUUAUAUCUCAAGAACCCAUGCGCCUACAGAUCAAAGAUAUGGUAUAUGUCAGAACCCAGAUGGAAAAACAUUGAUUUAUACGUCCUCCUUAUCGCCCUCCCCAUUGCCUCAUUCUCCGAGAUUUUCUUCUUCUUAUCGUUCUCUGGUCAUGCAACGUACCGAUUCGCUUUCUUUCAGCAAGCAGCAGUGGGAAGUCUCUUCUGGAUCCUCGUCAUUUUGGUGAUUCUCCGAGAAAAUAUCGACCCUUUUCUCAUGCACGAAAGUCUUGUCUUUGUGUUCGCUGGAAUUGCGUUUCUCAUAGAGUAUUCACUGAUCGGAAAGGAAAUUACAGGGCUCGGUAGCCGUGUUUACGAAUUGUUAGGUGGGCUCACGCUUUUAUGUGCUGCUGCUUGCUUUUACCUUUCGUUUCUGCCUACCGCUUUUUUCGCAGAAGUGGCACUCUCUUCAAGUCUUAUUUUCAAGGGGACUUGGGUGUUGCAGGCUGGGUUGUCCUUGUAUUCUGACACCUUCUCUUUGAAGGGUUGUCGUAAGAUCUCAUUUUCUCCGGCUCAAUCGACCACUGACGUUCAGUGCGAUCUGGAAGAGGAUAGGUUGAGAGGUGUAGCUCUGAUAAAUCUGUUGUUUGUGUUACAUUUGAUUGGAAUCUUGCUCAUGAGUUUUAGUUUAUUUGGGGCUUUGUCUUGCAAUCGCAACUUGAGAUGUGGGGAGGGUGCUGGUCCCUCAUUGGCAGAGUUUGAGUCGGAAAGUAUGUUGAUGCGCCCACUUCCUGAAUUUGAGUUGGAGUGA